AUGGGAAAUGCUUCUAGUACGGUAACUGCUGGAAUAAAGGAUCAAGUAAAUGCAAAAGGAAAUGCUAUUAAUCAAUUGGGAGAUGUUACGGGAAAAGGUUUUUUGGCGGAUUUGGCGAAUGAAGCUGUGAGAAGUGGAAAUACGGAAGAGUUGGAUCGGAUGAUUAUGGAGGUCAGUUGAAAUUGGAGAAAAAUAUACACGAUUAAGUUUUUAUAGAGUUGGUUUGUAAUCAAUAAGUUUGAACAGUGAACAAUGUCGUGGAAAUUUCUGAAAAUGAGAUUUUCAAAACAAUUACGAAGAAUCUGAUCAACGUUGUUCUUCAGUUAAUAAUGAGUAAUUUAAAGUUUGAAAAAAAAACUCAUUUUUUUGCAGAAGGUUCAACCAAUGUUAUACAAUAAUGGAGAAGGAACAAUGCUUCCAUUAUCAGAAAUAAUUGCACAAAGACAUAAAGAAAGAACUGGAAACAAAUUUGUUUAUGAAAGUCCGUCAAUCGAAACUCGAUUUGUCUGUUGGGAUUUGAAUUGUCGCGGAGCAGUUGGCGAGACUUUAUUGCACACAUGUUUUCUGGCUGGUUUACCGAAACAUAUGAAAUUAUUAGCUGAAAGAUUGAUCUACAUUUUUCCAAAAAUUAUCAAUGAUUUUUAUUUGAGUGAUGAAUAUUAUGGGGAAACUGUUUUGCAUAUGGGAAUUGUUUCGGAGAAUGCAGAAAUCGUUAGAUAUUUGCUGAAAAAUGGUGCUGAUGUAAAUUCUCGAUGCUCUGGCAACUUUUUCACAUGUGAUGAUCAGAAAAGCUCUCGAACUGAUCAUCAAGAAGUUGAACAUGCUAUUAUAAGUAAGCAUACAAAAUAUCCUGGUCAUAUAUAUUGGGGUGAAUAUCCUUUAUCUUUUGCCGCUUGUUUGAGUCAACCAGAAUGUUUUCGAAUGUUAGUUGCUCACGGAGCAGAUGUUAAUGCGCAAGAUUCCAAUGGUAAUACUGUUCUACACAUCUGUACGAUUCAUGAGAACUGGGUCAGUCAAUAUUUUUCUCCAAAAAAUUCUAAAAAGAGAUUAUGUUUAGGAGAUGUUCAAGCUAGCGUUACAAACUUCGGCAGAUCUUCAUAUUUUGAAUCGACAAGGCCUCACACCUUUGACUCUCGCAGCAUUUUUAGCCAAGAAAGAGAUGAUGCAAAAAAUUGUUGAGGAAGAAAGAACAGUAAAUUGGACAUAUGGUCGAACACAAUCAGCUGCAUAUCCACUUGAACAUGUUGAUUCAAUUGAACCAACAACUGGAAAAAUCAAUGUGAAAUCAGUGUUAACAAUUGCAGUUUAUGGAGAAAAAGCAGAACAUUUAUCACUUUUACCGCAUUUAUUGGAACAAUUAGUUCAUCAGAAAUGGACAGCUUAUGGAAGGAAAACUCUAUUCGCACAACUUUUUAUGUUUUGUGUAUAUUUUUUAUGUGUUACCACGUGUUUUCUACUUCGUCCAACUCCAUUUGUUCGAUCAGUCGAAAAUGGAACUGAUAGUUUUGUAUGUGUCCUUCCAAGGAAUUUGAGUGAUGUGCGUCCGGCACCUGUGAGCACUAAAACUUAUGUGAGUUUUUUGAAAAACAGGGUUCAAAACUCAGUUUCCGAAAAUCUCAAGGUUUUCUUUCCAGAUUCAUCACAUUCUUCAUAUAAUUUGCACAACCGGUGCAACUCUUUAUUUAGUUCAAGCAGCUCUUCAUAUCAAAAAUGUCGGAAGUUCAUUAUAUUUUUUGAGUUUAUCUGGAUUUCCAGCCAAAGCCAUAUUCCUAUUUUCGUGCAUUUUGAUGGUUAUCUCAUUUACUCUUCGAUUAUUUUGUUUGGACGAAGUUGAAGAUGUUGUUUGGAUGAUUAUUGUUUUGUUAACAUCCUUGAAGUUUUUAUUUUUCUGUCGAGGUUUCAAAUCAGUGGGGCCAUUUGUUUUAAUGUUAUACAAAAUUAUCAUAAGGGACUUGAUGCGAUUUUUCCUAAUUUAUUUGGUUAUUGUUAUUGGAUUUUCUCAAGGUGAAUUCAAUUCAUUUUUUUUAUUUUUAAUCACAAACUUUUCAGCCUUCUAUGUUAUAUUUUUGGGUUAUAAAAGAAAUUCUAACACGAAUAUCGAAAAAGAACCAUCUAUUAUGAGUAAUGUUGCUGAGUCGUAUGUCAGAAUGUUUAUAAUGUCACUAACAGAAUUCACGGUAUUUUUCGAGCAAUUAGAAGAAUGCGAACAUACUGUAAUUGGGAAAAUUGCAUUUGUUAUUUAUAUGCUUUUAGUUACUCUUCUUCUUAUAAAUAUGCUUAUCGCUAUGAUGACAAAUACAUAUACAGAAGUAUCUGGAAAUUCAUUAGAAUGGUUGAGACAAUGGAGUGCAAUUAUAUUGAUGAUGGAAUUAAGUUUUGAUCAGAAAACAAGGCUUCGAUAUCAGAGAAGAUAUGGAAUUCUUUUUGAUGGUGGUGAAAAUUUGGUGCUUUUGUUGAAAGAUAAAAUGACUGUGAGUUAAGCGAACUGUGUUGAUUCCAAAAAACAAAUAGUUUUCAGGAAGAUGAGUUCGAAAGUCUUCGUAAAAAAACUCACGAAGAACGUCGUCGAUUUCGAGAAGAACUUCGAACAAAUCAACGUCGUCGUCCAGCAUUUACUUGUAAACAAGGUGCUAACUAUUUUCGACGUAGAAAUCGUUCUCAAAAUCAGCAGAAUCCAAAUAAAUAG